UCAAACCCCAAAACCCUUAUUCGAUUUCCACUUUUUACUGGGACUGAAGCAAAAUUUAAAGCAAAAAUGGCAAUCGGUGCGGUCUCCGCCGCCACUAGAUCAAUUUUCCGGUCGUCUGCUGUUCGUAACGCCGCCUCCAGGGUGGCAUCUGAGGCCAAAGCUGCCCGGUCCCCUUUCCGAACCGCGUCUAAAAGUCCCCUUGCUCCACGCAUCUUCAGGUGUCCAGCUGAGUUGAGCGCUUGCGUAGAGUCGUUGCAACCUUAUCACACCGCCACUGCUUCGGCUUUGAUGACUUCGAUGCUUACCGUUGCUCCCCGCAGCUUUGGUUGGCUUUCCGAAGGUAUCUUACUCUACAUUUCUAUGUAUGAAGUGCUAUUUUCAAAUGCUGAAUCGUUGCUGAUUUGAGUGCAAGCGGAAUUGAUUUAGUCUUUGUAUACUCUGUAUGAUUUGAAUAAGGUUGGAUUAUUGUGGUUGUAUUAGGGUUGAAUUUGUCUUAAAAUAGUUAAACCUGUGUGUCAUUUAUGAAACAAGGACGUUUUGCUAGAAACGAGAGUGCAGGUGUAGAAGGUUUGCUUCAGUAUGCUGAUGAAAAUUUUGGAAUUGCAAGUUCUUUAGUUUAUAAUUUAAACCCAUUGGAGGGGACUAGGUUCAGUUGCCACGGUUUGAUUUCAUAACAUUUUUAAAGCUAAUUUUGAUUGUUUAACCUUCUCAAAUUCCAAUUUUCACCUCUAGUCUGAAGUGUAGUCUUUAUUACUGGGUAUUUUACCUUUCCAAGUGUUUUAAGUUUUCAUGUCCCUCUAUCCAAAUCUCUAUUCUAACUCACAGUAGAUUAAAAACUUUGGUGUUCCCCCACAAGGAAAAAAAAUUUCAUCCUUUUGAAUCUUGCUAUAUUAGAAUUUCAUCCGUCUUGUAGCAUAUUUUAGUCAAUUUACUAUGGUUCAUUUUGUAUACCAACUAUUCUUUUGCCUUUCCCUCUGCCAAAAAAAAAA